AUUCUGAACCACCUUGUUUUCCCAACCCUUGCCACAAUGGUGGUGAAUGCACGAUUGUUAAGGAUAGUGAUUUCAAGUGCGAUUGUCCAAAAGGAUAUGAAGGAUCCACUUGCAGUAUUAAGAACAAUUGUGGCGAUGGAGAUGAUUGUCCUGGUGGUCGAUGCGAAAGAAAAGAAGAGAAUAACUUAAAGAUUUGUACUUGUUUUGAGGGAAAAUAUUGGAAUGAAGAGGAACGUCGUUGUGAAGAUGAAAAAGUUCCCUGCAUUCCAAACCCAUGUAAAAACCAUGGGUUGUGUGAGAUUCUACCCUCUGGUGACUACUCCUGCAAUUGUUCAGGUCAUUAUUUGGAUAAGGACUGCAAGCAAGAAAAUACGUGCUACGAUAGACAUGGUAAUGAUACGGAGUGUGGAAAUAAAGGAACUUGCAAAUUUAAAGAAAUCUCAUCCUAUUGUGAUUGCAUUGAUGGACAUUACUGGGAUGCUGAAAUGCGCACCUGCCGAAAAAACUUUCCUCCUUGUUAUCCAAAUCCAUGCGCAAAUGAUGGCCUUUGUAGUAGAUCCAAUCAUACUUUCCAUUGUAACUGUUCCGAGGAAUACACUGGUGAACGGUGUGAAAAUCCAGACUACUGUGUCCUUCAAGGUGGUUAUGUACUUUGUGGAAAUGUUCCCUGCGUAAGCAACAGUGGAUUAAAAACAUUUCAAUGUCAAUGUGAAGAAGGAUUUUACUAUGAUUUCGGCAAAAGGACUUGUCUUGAGAUUGAUUUCUGUCCUAUCAUGAUGUGUGGUGUAAACGAACAAUGCGUCAACAGCAAAUGUAUUUGCCAAGACAAUUUUCAAAGAAAUAAUGACACCAACAAGUGUGAAGCAAGUUUCUGUGCUGCCAACCCAUGCCCUAUAGAUGAUAUGAUAUGUACUGAAGGACAAGGAAUCAGUGAUUUUUAUUGUUCUUGCAAAGAAGGCUAUUCGUUCAAUGGAGCUCAUUGUGCAAAUGCGGUUUGUGUAUUUCCAUCAUUCAACGAUUGUGAGCAGAAAUGUCGUCUAUCAGAAGAAGGAUUCAAUUGCAAAUGUGAUUCAGAGUCUUUCAUUUUAAAUGAGGACAAUAAAACUUGCA